AGGCUGCCUCCCAGACAAUAGCGCUAGGCAGUGCCAGGGCGGCUGGUUGCGGGGCAGUGCCCGUGCCGGGAUGUGCUGCUGCUGUGGCUGCUGCCCGCUGCUGGCCCACCUAGAGAGGGGGUCACUCCAAGAGAGGGUGAGUGUCAGGAGGUGGAGGAGGCAGGGGCCAGAGUUCUUGGGUUGUCACUUUGUGGGGCAUCAGUGCCAGAGGAGACGGGCCACUAGAGACCCCAUCCUCUGGCUACUCUGUUCUCUCCCUUCGUUUCCUCGCCCCUAUCAGAGCUGGCUGGGCAGGUGAGUGGUCAUGGAAAUCUGAGGGUGGAGGGCUGGGGUGGAGGCAGGGUGAGGAAAGGGGAGUUCUAACAGCAUUAGGCAGGCAGGUCUGCAGAUCGAAGCUGACCCUGAUCCAGACAGAUACUAUUCUUAUGCACAUCUUUGUUUGUUGGUUUUUAUUUGAAACGUAACAAGUGCUCAGACUUUUUUUUUGUGCCACAGAGAAGGCUGGGAGUGCAGGAGAGAAGGCAGCACAUGUGGCAGUGACAGGAUACUUGAACUUGGCCUUUGAGGUCUUUAAGGUUCAGAGGAAGGGAAUUGACCUAAAUAAAGAACUAUAAUUUGGAGCAAGACAAAUGAAGAAUUUUCUAGUGGCCCAGGUAGGUAGGUAAAAGAGGCAGGCUGGAACAUUAGCUAGCUUCAGGUCAGUUUCCUCAGCAGGUCUGGGUGGAGGAGAGCUGGCCUGCACCUGUGGAGGGUGGGGUGGGGCAGUGAGGAGCCAGAAGGGAGAGGCCGAGAGCAGUAGAGAAUAGUGGGCUAUCGAGAAGGGGAAGGCGAGAAGGGGAAGGCAGACGUAGAGGAAGGGAAGAUCAUGAGAUAAGAAGAAGGGAGGAAGUGGGAAGGAGACUAGGAAAUAGGAAGAGAAGGAAGAAAGAGGAGGAGAGGAGAAAAGAAGAAUAAAUGCUGGAGGGAGGCGUGAGGAGAGAGAAAAGAAGGGAACAAUCUCAACAGCUCUGAGCUAUGCUUAUCACCAGGCAAACCUAGAGCCUCUGAGGAAAGGCAGGAAAGAGAAGGCUCUUGGGCCACCAGGAAGCCAGGAGACCGUAGGGCACUGAGGCUCAGUGCCCUCUGGCCCCUGCACUGCUGACUCAGCCCCUCCACACUUCCCUUUUCUGCCCAGAACCCUGGCCAGUGCAGCUCUUCCCCUCCCCCACCUCUUCCCCCCUAGGGUUGCGGGGUGGCUGGAGCUGUGAGUCAAAACAUGUCUCCUGAGGUCCGGGGCCCCAGCCAGUGUUCCUCAGCAUUAUGGAUCCUGCUCUUUGAUUCCUGAGAGGCAAGGAACCCUUGGAAGGAAUGGUCUUGUCAGCUUCUAUUCCCCCUCUCCGUCCUCCAAAAGUAGAGGGAAAAUCCAGGGAUCGGAGGUUACAACUGUGGAAGGUCCUGGAAGGGGCAGGAAGAAGGGUAUCUCCAUCUUCCCACCUUUCCACCUUCUCAAGCUUGAAACGGUCAGGGGGAGUGACUUGGGGAGGCCAGGAGGAAGCAGGAAGAGGAGAAAGCUGAAGAGGAAGGCACCAGCCUCAGAGGCUCUGAGGAUGGACACGUGCUGUGUUCUGUCUCUAUGGAGACCAAAGCCAGAAGGGCUGACAUUGCAGCUGGAGGAUGGAGGGUAGAUGUCAGAAGGGACUUCCUAGGAUGGGGAGACUAAUUGGGCAAGGAGGAAUAGUGGCAGUUCUCCUAGGUUUUAGUUUCUGUGGAGGGCAGUAUGAGAGGGAAGUGAUUGAUAUCAGAAACAGGGGUAACAAUUAGACUGCAGGAGAGACUUCCUGCCAGGAAUAACCACAAUGACUGAACCCAGAGAGUGGGAGUAACCUGAGGCCAAAACUAGGCUCCUCUUGCUUUCAAGUUAGUGGGGGACAUGUUACCUCUCAGAGAGACAUUUCCAUUGGCUGAUGUUUGUGGAAGAAGUAGAGGUUUGCGGUGCUGACCUGGGCUGGGGGAGGCACUGGAGGCGUUCUGCCCCCUUCAGCCAAUCUAAUAAGGGGAUCUUCUGCCCCUCCACCCCAGCCCCUCCCUCCUCCCCCAGUGUGACUGCCACAGAGACAGCGGCUCCAACACCGGUUGUCAUGGUUAUAAGAGGAGCUAACUCCCAUAGAUUUGAAAACGCUGGUGAGCUGGCACCCUCUGCUUCGCCUGCUCUCCCCUCCUCUCUGCGCAUCUUCCCCCCGGCACAGAGAAGAGAGUACAGCAGCUCGGGGGCGAGCAGAGCUGGGGCUGGGAGGUGGAGUGAGGACGCCGAGGUCUAGAGCCAGGGAGAUGAGCGGCAACAGGAGGCAGCCCAGCCGCAGGGGCCAGACCCGGGAAAAGGAGAGGAUGAGGGAAGCCAAGGAUGCCCGCUAUACCAAUGGGCACCUCUUCACCACCAUCUCAGUUUCGGGCAUGACCAUGUGCUAUGCCUGCAACAAGAGCAUCACAGCCAAGGAAGCCCUCAUCUGCCCAACCUGCAAUGUGACUAUCCACAACCGCUGUAAAGACACCCUCGCCAACUGUACCAAGGUCAAGCAGAAGCAACAGAAAGCUGCCUUGCUGAAGAGCAACGCUGCCUUGCAGUCUGUUUCACUUCGCUGUAAGACAACAACCCGGGAGCGGCCCACCUCUGCUAUCUACCCCUCGGACAGCUUCCGGCAGUCCCUCCUGGGCUCCCGCCGCGGCCGCUCCGCCUUGUCUUUAUCCAAGAGUGUUUCUACCACCAACAUUGCUGGACACUUCAAUGAUGAGUCCCCCCUGGGCCUGCGCCGGAUCCUCUCACAGUCCACAGACUCCCUCAACAUGCGAAACAGAACCCUAUCAGUGGAGUCCCUCAUUGAUGAAGGUGCAGAGGUGAUUUACAAUGAGCUGAUGAGUGACUUUGAGAUGGAUGAGAAGGACUUUGCAGCUGACUCUUGGAGCCUUGCAGUGGAUAGCAGCUUUCUGCAGCAGCACAAAAAGGAGGUGAUGAAGCAGCAGGAUGUCAUCUACGAGCUGAUCCAGACGGAGCUGCACCACGUACGGACGCUGAAGAUCAUGACCCGCCUCUUCCGCGUGGGGAUGCUGGAAGAGCUGCAGCUGGAGCUAGGUGUGGUGCAGGGCCUGUUCCCCUGCGUGGACGAGCUCACUGAAAUCCACACACGCUUCCUCAGCCAGCUGUUGGAACGCCGACGGCAGGCUCUGUGCCCUGGCAGCACCCGGAACUUCGUCAUCCAUCGUUUGGGAGACCUGCUCAUCAGUCAGUUCUCAGGCCCUAGCGCAGAGCAGAUGCGUAAGACCUACUCGGAGUUCUGCAGCCGCCACACCAAGGCCUUAAAGCUCUAUAAGGAGCUAUAUGCACGAGACAAACGCUUCCAGCAGUUCAUCCGGAAGGUGACCCGCUCGGCUGUGAUGAAGCGGCAUGGGGUACAAGAGUGCAUCCUGCUGGUGACCCAGCGCAUCACCAAGUACCCGGUGCUCAUAAGCCGGAUCCUGCAGCAUUCCCACGGAAACGAAGAGGAGCACCAGGACCUGACGAUGGCACUGGGGCUAGUGAAGGAGUUGCUGUCCAAUGUGGACCAGGAUGUGCACGAGCUGGAGAAGGGGGCCCGCCUGCAGGAGAUCUACAACCGCAUGGAUCCCCGUGCUCAGACCCCAGUGCCUGGCAAGGGUCCCUUUGGCCGAGAGGAGCUUCUGCGGCGCAAGCUACUCCACGAUGGCUGCCUGCUCUGGAAGACAGCGACCGGGCGCUUCAAAGAUGUGUUGAUGCUGCUGAUGACGGAUGUGCUAGUGUUUCUCCAGGAGAAGGACCAGAAGUACAUCUUCCCUACCCUGGACAAGCCCUCAGUGGUCUCGCUGCAGCAACUAAUCGUACGGGACAUCGCCAACCAGGAGAAAGGGAUGUUUCUGAUCAGCUCAGGCCGCCCCCCGGAGAUGUAUGAGGUCCACACAGCAUCCCGCGAUGACCGGAGCACCUGGAUCCGCGUUAUCCAGCAGAGUGUGCGAGUGUGCCCAUCUAGGGAGAACUUCCCCCUGAUUGAGACAGAGGAUGAGGCUUACCUCCGGCGAAUCAAGCUGGAGCUGCAGCAGAAGGACCGGGCACUGGUGGAGCUGCUGAAAGAGAAGGUUGGGCUGUUUGCUGAGAUGACCCAUUUCCAGGCCGAAGAGGAUGGCAGCAGUGGGAUGCCCCUGCCAGCCCUGCCCAGGGGCCUCUUCCGCUCCGAGUCCCUCGAGUCCCCUCGUGGAGAGCGACUGCUGCAGGAUGCCAUCCGUGAGGUGGAGGGCCUGAAAGACCUGCUGGUGGGGCCUGGAGUGGAGCUACUCUCAACGCCCCGGGAACCAGCCCUGCCCGUGGAACCAGACAGCAGUGGUAACACGAGUCCUGGGGUCACUGCCAAUGGUGAGGCCAGAACCUUCAAUGGCUCCAUUGAGCUCUGCAGAGCAGACUCAGACUCCAGCCAGAAGGAUCGAAAUGGAAAUCAGCUGAGAUCUCCCCAGGAGGAGGUGUUACAGCGAUUGGUCAGUCUCUAUGGACUUCUGCAUGGCCUACAGGCGGCUGUGGCCCAGCAGGACACUUUGAUGGAAGCCCGGUUCCCUGAGGGCCCUGAGCGGCGGGAGAAACUGUCCAGAGCCAACUCUCGGGAUGGGGAGGCUGGCAGGGCCGGGACUGCCCCUGUAGCUCCUGAAAAACAGGCCACAGAACUGGCACUACUGCAGCGGCAACACGCGCUGCUGCAGGAGGAGCUGCGUCGCUGCCGGCGGCUCGGAGAGGAGCGGGCGACAGAGGCCAGCAGCCUGGAAGCCCGGCUCUGGGAGAGCGAGCAGGCCCGGGCUUUGCUGGAGCGGGAGGCUGAAGAGGCCCGCAGGCAGCUGGCCGCCUUGGGCCAGACUGAACCGCUCCCGGCUGAGGCCCCCUGGGCCCGUAGAGCUCUGGAUCCUCGGCGGCGUAGCCUUCCUGCAGGCGAUGCCCUGUACUUGAGCUUCACCCCCCCACAGCCUAGCCGAGGCCAUGACCGCCUCGAUCUGCCUGUGACUAUCCGCUCCAUCCAUCGGCCCUUUGAGGACCGAGAGAGGCAGGAGCUGGGCAGUCCUGAGGAACAGCUGCAAGACAGCAGUGACCCAGACACCGGCAGCGAGGAGGAAGGUAGCAGUCGUCUGUCGCCACCCCAUAGUCCACGAGACUUCACUCGAAUGCAGGACAUCCCUGAGGAGACGGAGAGCCGCGAUGGGGAGCCUAUAGCCUCAGAGAGCUAAGGGGGCCCCUCCCCUGUCCUAUGCCCCUGUGAAGAACAUUACUGAGUGGGGCAAACCUUGGGAACUCCAGUCUACCAAUGGUGAGGGGGCAUUUGAAAGAACUGCUGAUUGUCCUUGCCAGCUCUUGGGAUCCUUGGAUACCUGGGGCCAUUUAGGAACCUGGGGGAGUUAGGCCACAGUGCCCCCUGGUGG